ACGAGCGGUCUAAUGACGUUUUUUUCAACAUUUUUUUUCAUUUACAUUUUAACAAUAUAUUUCGCUGCUGUGACGUGUAAGUACACGCAAUCAUUCAAUAGAAAAUUUUACACGAAUUUCAUGAUUGCAUCGUUCGAUGAUGAAACUAUUCUGAAAUCGAGAUGUUCAAUCCACUGAAUGUUAAAUUGAUAUAUUGUCGUGGAUCACUCAAUUUCAGAUGCAACAAAAUGCCGCAUACACAUUCAAAAAGAUAUGGAUGUUGACAAAUCGCCACUGGUUUUCACAGAAUCGAAUGGACGUCCGAAACUCGUAUAUCCAACUGCAGGCGAUGCAUCUCACCUUCAUUUCAACGAGGGAGAAAAAAUGUUCUUAUUAUGUCCUGGUCUAGGAUCGCAAGGAAAACCUAACAAUAAUAAAGAUUUCAAACCUAAAAAUUCGAAAAAACACGCCAGAAAAGAAACAUCGAGCCCGGACAAUAUAGUCAAGAGCGUGAAGAGCGUCAAAUGCCUGAAAAGCAACGAAGUCCAAUUCGACAGCGAAAUCGUGACUUUUAAAACUCUCUCGUGCGCACUGAAACCUGACCAAAGCAAUAGUCCAGUGCUGAAGAAGAUCGAGGGUAGAUGUUCGCGAGGCCACAAGUAUGCCAUCGGACACGAGCUGGGUAAAGAUAAAUUUUUGAAAAUCAUGGAUCUCUGUCACGACGAGCUGGCCGCGGAGACGCUCUGGUCGCACAGCGUCAUCCAACCGACACAGUCGCGCUCGUCUACGGACGUUUUUUGUCAGUCUUGCAGCCAAACGUUUAAAUUCAAGUCUGGUACGCUCUAUAAUGGACUGUCGAUGACUAAGGAAAAGAGAAGUCCCUAUGCAGUACCGAUUCAAGUUGCCAGUUUGAAUCGUAUUCUGGGUAACAGUAAUGGUAAAAAAUACGUUUUUAAGAGAAAAGGAAAACAGAUGUACUUGUCACGCGGGCAUUUAGUCGCACGAGGCGAUAAAAUUUUUAAAACUGAAAGAGAAGCCACUUAUUUUUACGCAAAUACCGUCCCCAUGUGGAAUACAGUAAACGAAGGAAAUUGGUUUAUCAUAGAAGAUUACAUUCGAAUUUUGUCGAAUGAAAAGAAACAUCCUCUGCACACCUGGACCGGUGGUUUCGAUGUCAUGGAGCUCGAAGACAAACCAAUCUUUUUGGGCGGUGAUAACAAAUUACCCGUGCCAAAAAUAUUGUACAAGUGUGUAGUAGACAAAAAAGCAGAAGAAUCCAUCUGCUUCUUAGUCGUCAACAAUCCUUAUUUGAAAGAAGGAGAAUUCACAAGUGGAGUUAAUUACAAAAAAUGCAAGGAAUUGGAAGAGUGUAAUCAGAUUUUUCCUGAUCACAGUGUAAUAAAAUACGGUCGAAUGUAUUGCUGCGGUUUGAAGGAUUUUUAUCGAAAAAAUGAGAAGCUACUGGGACUGGGUGAAAUUGAGAAGUUUUUAAAUUUUAAAACGAUGGAUCUAACGAAAUCGCACGUGGUACCUGUGAAGAGAAAACAAUCGAAAGAAAAACCAUGAAGAAUCCUGAAAUAAUAAAGUAUCGGGUAAUAUAUUUUUAUCAUAAGCGGGUUAGCGCAAUGAUAAAAGAACUUAUUAGAAAAUUUUUCAAUUAAAAUAUUUACCAAUAUGAUUUAUAACAUUUUAGUCAUAAAAUAUAAUUCUCUGUUAAUUGAGCAUAAUAAGCAACGCAAGCAAAAGUCAAAUCUUGAAAACCUGAUGAUAAUUUCGUGGACCCAACGAAAUGUAUCCGCCGACGCUUAUAAUCACACACGAUCUGCGUAUACGCGAGCAAAACACGAUAAAUAAUUGGCCGCUCGUUGAAUAAAUCUAUUCCUCGCUCGUGUACACACCGUCAGGUCAGAGACACACAUACAGAAAUGCAUAUAACGCAUACGUAUACGACUAAAUCUGGAUUAUACGAAACAGUCGCGCUCAGCGGCUCCGAGACUAACUUAGCUGCAUAAACCAGAUACGGGGGCUAGUAGUAGUGGUAGUAGUAGCUGCGGAAGGAUAUAAGGGAUCCUUAUAUAUACAGGACACACACACACAUACACACGGUGUAUGUGGAGUAUACACAUUCUACACGUUUAUGCAAACUUUGAAGACUGUCGGUGGCCACAAAUAUUCAAAUUAGGGGAACGAACGGCAUCUCGGCUCCGUAUACACACGCAUGUAUAUGCUAUACGUGAAGGUAUCGCGUGGCAUAGCCGCGCACCCGCACAUAUAACACAUUAUAUAACGUAACGCACAUCUCGUGUGUGUAAACGUAUAUAGGCCGAGUCGCGCAGAUAUGAAAACUUGAAAAUUUCACGCAUAUCCAAGCAGCAGCAGCAGCAGCAUCAAAGUCUCUACGCGUUCCACGAGUCCUCUGCGCGACAAACGUCGAGCGAAUAAUAUUUCGACUUUAAGUUUAGCCGAGAAGAGGAAGAGGAGGAGGAGGACAACGACGAAUAUUUACAUUAUAGAUCUAUAUACACCCGGCUGGGUACGUGCGUUUGGCAGUAACACACGAAGUCAAGUCAAUACACACACAGACAGACACUCAGAAGCUAUAAUUAAUGUUGGAGAGCAGCAGCUGAGAGAUAAACGCGUGCGACUGCAGUGCAGCAGCAGCACACACACACACACACACACACACACACACACUCGAAGAUGCCAGUGGAAGAUGGUACAAGUGUGGCUAUGGCUCGACUGCGGCUAUCGCGAUCGUAUAAGAUUAAACUAAUUGCCCAAGACUCUCGUCGUCGUCGUCGCUUUGUCGUGUGUUUCUGUCUGUGUGCCCGGGCCAUCGCAUGCGAUAGAGAGGAGCUUCGAGCCGCAAGUAGGAAGGACAUUGUUAAGGGCAUCUCGUACGCAAAUGUACGGAAAUCCACCGAGAUAUCUCUAUCCUCCUCCUGACUCCUCCUCUCGAGGGGUCUAGCGUGGUCUUACAUAAUACACGUCAGUGCUGAGCAAAGCUGUAUAUUGUAUUAUGUGUACGACGCGUCCGAUGCACACACACAAAAUAUCUAUACACUUGUACGCGCGCGAAACACGUCUAUAGACAGCAUCGAAAUUGCUAAUUUGAUCCUUAACCCAUUUACCCUUUUUAGUAGUGUGUAUCGUGGACUGUACUACGCUGCAUCAGCAGCAGCUAUAUAGUAGCGCCUCGCCACAUCGUUGUAGUAUAGUGAACGGAAACUCGAAGAGAGAUAAUGUAGGUGAAGCAGUCUGCCUCGUGAAAACCCUUCGGAUAUAUAUAAUGUAACGUCGAUUAAGAUUUCAUAGCUGUGCAUGGCGCUCGAGUGCAGCCGCCUACUCCGCCGAUCGGGCAAGAACAGCGAAGCUAUUCAGGAAUAUAUAGAUCUAAUAUUAUAUAUAUUGACCAUUUCGUUUUUUAUCAUACGCGGAGUAGCAGCACCG